AUCGAACGCCGAGAGCGUGCUGGUUAUAAAGCCGAGAUCGAUUAGUCACGUCUUUACGUCUUAUUUUGUUUCAAUGGACGCCUUUGACUUGUUUAGAAAGCUUGGGUCUGGAGCAAAGUUUGAUCUGAAAAGGUUUGCUAAAGAUGCAGAGCGUUUUAAGGUAGUGAAGUCUCAGAGCAAGGACAGCUCAAAUCAGCUGGCUGGAGUCAGCUUUUUUGGCAAAGAGAACACAUCUCUGGAGUCCAGACUAAGUGAAGAUGACGGUGAAGAAGAGAAAGAAGUGAGUGAUGAAGAGCAGGCCUCUGGGAAACGGAAACUUACUAAAGUGGAUGAGCCCGUGAAGACAGCACUGAAGAAAAAGAAAGGAGCUAAGACAAAAUCUGAAGAUGCAGAGCCUGAGAAGAGCGAGGGAGAGGGGAUCCAGUGGAUGUCAUCUCAAGACAAGGUGAAAGACCCCAAGAAGGAGUCUAAAGACACGCCCUCCUUGAAAAGACUAAAGCAGCUUCAUCAGGAGAAGGUGAAUCGGAUACGGCACCAAAACCGGAUUAACGUGCACGGGACAGACAUUCCAGAUCCUGUUUCCACUUUUGAGGAGCUGCAGAAGGAGUAUGAUCUGGACCCACGAAUCAUUCAAAACAUCAAGGAGGCGGGUUUCCAAACCCCCACACCCAUACAGAUGCAGGCCGUUCCUCUCAUGAUGCAUAAAAGGGAGAUCCUGGCAUCUGCUCCGACAGGCUCCGGUAAAACUAUGGCCUUCUGUCUGCCUCUGCUGGCCCACCUUCGCCAGCCCCUUAAUAAGGGUUUCAGGGCCCUCAUCAUCUCCCCCACCAGAGAGCUCGCCACUCAGGUAAACUUCAGCCCACCUCAGGCUAAUUAUGGAUGUAGACCACAUCAAAUUAUCGAUCACACUACAAAUAUCAAAGAUUAUAAACAAAGAAAAAAAAACCGGCAAAAAAAUAAUUCAGUACCAAAGACAGCAAAGAAAUUUGAUAUAUUGGUGACGACUCCUAACAGAUUGAUAUAUUUACUAAAUCAAGACCCUCCUGCUAUCAACUUAAGCAGUGUGGAGUGGCUGGUGGUGGAUGAAUCUGAUAAGCUCUUUGAGGAAGGAAAGACAGGUUUCAGAGAGCAGCUUGCUACUAUCUUCUUGGCCUGUACUUCUCCAAAAAUCCGCCGGGUUCUCUUCAGUGCAACCUUUGCCACAGAUGUAGAGCAAUGGUGUAAACUGAACCUAGACAACCUCGUCUGUGUCAACAUUGGACCCAGGAACUCUGCAGCUGAGACUGUGGAGCAGCAGCUUCUGUUUGUGGGUUCAGAAAAUGGAAAGCUACUUGCUAUGAGAAACCUUAUAAAGCAGGGAUUUCUGCCACCCGUGUUGGUGUUUGUUCAGUCCAUCGACCGUGCCCGAGAGCUGUUCCAUGAGCUGGUGUAUGAGGGAAUAAACGUGGAUGUGAUCCAUGCGGAUCGCACACAACAGCAGAGGGACAAUGUUGUGAGCAGCUUCCGUUCGGGGAAGAUCUGGGUGCUGAUCUGCACUGCUCUCCUGGCCCGUGGGAUUGACUUCAAGGGCAUCAACCUUGUUAUCAACUAUGACUUCCCUACCACUGCUGUGGAAUACAUCCACCGGAUCGGGCGAACUGGAAGAGCAGGACACAAAGGAAAGGCAAUAACUUUCUUCACAGAGGAUGACAAACCUCUCCUUCGCAGCAUUGCUACCGUCAUAAAGAAGGCUGGAUGUCCUGUCCCUGACUACAUGAUCGGGUUAAAGAAAAUCAAAAGCAAAUUGAAACGCCAGCUUGUAGCAAAACCACCCAGACGGUCAACUAUUCGCACGACUCCACGCAUUCUUUUUGAGAAAAAGCCCGGCAAGAGAAUAAGGAAAAAAAGAAAAGCCGCAGCACAGGAAGCAAAAGGCGAAGCAUCAGAAGUCAUUUCUAACAGCUGAUGUGACCCAUAGAGAGAGUUGUACAGACUGCCACUUUUUUUCUAUCCACAUUAUUGUCUCUAAUAAAGUGAAUGUUGACCAGUC